AUGGCUGACGUGAACGCCAGCGGUGGAAAAGAGUCCGAAGCCCGACUGACUCAGGACUACGCCUGUCAAGAAGACAUGGAGACCAACGUGAAGGGAACCAAGAACGUCUUAACUUCUCCAGGUAAACUUCCUGUCUGUGAAAAAGCCGAGGCAGCUGCAGGGCUGAGACAACAGCUGAUAAAACCCGGCGGAGGAGCGGCGGAGCCUCUGCUCUCCGCCGGACCCGUCAGCCGCCGAACCAUGAAGGUUUUGAGGACUGUCUCUUUGACCUCCUCCCUCACACUCUUCCUGCUGGUUUCCUUGGUGACUCAGUCGUGGAGCGCUCCCAAGGCCUCGUUCCAGCGGAGAAACUGGAGCCCACAAGCCAUGCUGUACCUGAAGGGCACCCAGGGUCGCAGGUUCAUCUCAGAGGACCGAAAAGAAGGAGACGUGUACGAUACUCUACAUUUAGAGACCCGCAGUCAGAACACAGAGAAGCUCAGUGUGGACCAGGCUGCCACCAUCCUGCUGAACUUCCUGCAACAGGCCAGAGAGGGAGCCGAUGAAAACCCAGACGAGGUGUAUUUCCAGGAGCUGCCGGUGUGGAAGAGAGAAUACUUCUGAUGGAGCAACGGGGCGUUUUCUGCACCUGCUGU